AUGAAGAGACAGAACGCCCGGACCCUGGCCCUCAUCAUGAGCAUCCUCACCUACCUGGUGGUCGGAGCCGCUGUGUUCGAGACCCUGGAGUCCAAACAGGAGAAGAGUCACAAGAGGCGGCUGGACGCGCGCAGGUACGAGCUCAUGCGUAAAUUCAACCUGACCAAAGACAACUACGACGAGCUCGAGCACGUCGUCCUGCAGCUCAAACCUCACAAAGCAGGGGUCCAGUGGAAGUUCGCAGGCUCCUUUUACUUCGCCAUCACUGUGAUCACGACCAUAGGUUACGGCCACGCAGCCCCCAGCACCGACUCAGGGAAAGUCUUCUGCAUGUUCUACGCCCUCCUGGGGAUCCCGCUGACCCUGGUCAUGUUCCAGAGUCUGGGCGAGCGCAUCAACACGUUCGUCCGGUACCUGCUGCACCAAACCAAGAAGUGCCUGGGAAUGCGUCACACGGCGGUCUCCAUGGCCAACAUGGUGUCGGUGGGCUUCUUCUCCUGCAUGAGCACCCUGUGUGUGGGGGCCGUGGCGUUCUCCCACUGCGAGGGGUGGAGCUUCCUCCAUGCCUUCUACUACUGCUUCAUCACCCUCACCACCAUCGGGUUCGGAGACUACGUGGCGCUGCAGAGGGACGACGCGCUGCAGAACGACCCCCGCUACGUGGCGUUCUGCUUCGUCUACAUCCUCAUGGGCCUGACUGUCAUCGGCGCCUUCCUCAACCUGGUCGUCCUUCGCUUCCUGACCAUGAACAUGGAGGACGAGCGGCGCGACGCCAAGCAGAAGGCGCUGAUGUCAGUGGGUAAACCCAGAGGGGAGGUGGCGUGUCUCAUUCCGAUCUCAGCCUCGGCUUCGUCCACGCCUGUAGCAGAAGACGCCGCCAAGACUAAAGACCUCAAAGGCGUCUACACGGAGGUUCUGCACUUCCAGACCAUCUGCUCCUGCCUCUGGUACCGGAGCAAAGACAAACUGCAGGGUUCCACCGUCAUCCCCCAGGAGCUGACCUUCUCCGACCCCUACCUGCAGCAGAACAGUUCUUGUCCUCACUACGUGGAGCCGGGCUCGACGGGCUGCGUUUGCAGUCCACGUCAGUGCGCCAGCAUCAGCUCCAUAACCACAGGCCUGCACAUUCUGUCUCCGUUCCGGAUGUUUAAGAGACGCAGCUCCGUCUAG